AAUUUUAAUUUCAUUGAAACAUUUGAUUUAUUAUUUAAAUUGCAUUUCAUUUUUAAUAUUCAAUACCAUCCUAGUCUUAUAACUUUUUAUAAUUUUUUUGCGUAUUCCAUAUAUAAAAUAGGAAAUUUCAAGUCCAACAGAAUAAUUGAAAUUUCUUCCAAAUUCAUCAACAAAUUCAGUGUUCUAAAUUGAUAAAUUUUUAAACUGUUCUUUUAAAAAUUUGAAUUUAAAUUUUAAUUUCAAUCAAAUCUUAUCAAAUUUACAUGAACUAAUAUAUUUAAUUAAAUUUACAUGAACUAAGGUACAUAUUAUUUAAGAUGCAUUAUUUUUGCUUCGUGUGUACAAAAACAUUUCCAUCUAUAUCAUUUGUUAUAUCGCACUUGCGUAUUGAUCAUUUUUUCACGAAUGAAGAAAAUAUUACUCUAAAAUGCGUUGCCAACCAGGAUUGUUGUAGAGAAUUUAGUACAUAUAGUGGUCUUAGGCGACAUGUAAAAAGUUGUGUAAAUAUUGUCCAAGACUCCACUCUCUCUCCUGAGAUUGAAGCAGUUUCAAAUGAAAUUAGUGAUUGCAAUGAAAUUAAAAAUUCAAAUACAGGAAACGACUUUAGUUCUCAAAAUAAUGAUCUUAUAAAUUUUAGGCAAAUAAUUAACAAUUUUUCAAACCAAGCAUUAGCCAUGGGAAUAGCCCAAUGUAAUGUGACAAAACUACUUAAAAAUGCCAGUGAUAUUGUUGACACGGCCCUAGCAAAUGUUGAAAUUCUUGUAGACCAGGCCAAAUUGAAAUCUGAAAUUAUAGAUAUUCAAUCAUUGUUGUCUACUUGCAAAGAUUCUUGCAUUAAUGAUUUUAAGCAGUUUGACUCAUCCUAUAAAAGACAGAAACAACUGACUUUUGAAAAAAAGUAUGUAAGUUCGAUUUCAAAAAGUAUUGGUGGCAGAUGGGAAAAAAAAUUUGAUUCUUUGAGCGGAACAUACAAGGAUAUUUUUGUUCAAUGUACUUUCCAGUACAUUCCUAUUCUUGAAACAUUAAACUCUCUUUUUUUAAAUGAAUCCUUUCAAAGUGUCUAUUUUUCAAAAGAUCAUAAUUGUAAUGAUGAAGAUUUAAAUAAUUUUUGCUGUGCAAAAGCAUUUAAAUCGAACUCUUUUUUCUUAGAAAACCCUAAUGCCAUACAAUUACAGUUAUUUUACGAUGAUUUUGAAGUAGUCAAUCCAUUAGGUAGUAAAACAACAAUACACAAAAUUGGGGCAGUAUAUUUUACUUUACUAAAUUUAGGUUUCAACAUAAAUUCGCGAACAGAAAAUAUUCAUCUAGUUUCACUUUUUUAUGCAAAUGAUAUCAAAAAUGCUGGGUGCUCUUUUAACACCAUUUUAAAACCAAUCGUUGAUGAUAUCAUGAUUCUCGAAAAAGAUGGCAUACGUAUUGAUAACAACAUAACUCUAAGAGGCUCAUUAGUAAGUCUGAGUCAUGACAAUUUAGGUGCAAAUUGUGUUUUAGGUUUUGUAGAAUCCUUCAGAGCAACAUAUUUUUGUCGUCUAUGUUCUAUGACUCGAACGGACACUCAGCUAUCGUUUAUUGAAAACCAAAGUCUUAUUCGUUCGUCAGCAGAUUAUAGUGAAAUGUUUAGUUUAAAUAAUAAUCAAACAUAUACAGAGUAUGGUGAAUCUAAAGGUGUAAAAAGAUAUUGCCUUUUAAACAAUAUCCAAUAUUUUAACAUCUUUAAUAACCCUUCAGUUGACAUCAUGCACGAUAUCUUGGAAGGAACCGCACCUUUUAUCAUGCGAGCAUUUUUAAAGAAGCUAGUUGAAAACGGUGUUGUUAAGGAAGACCAACUUAACAUUAAAAUUCAAUCUUUUCGGUUUGGUUAUUUGUUUAGGAAAAGUUUACCUUCGAAUAUUAGUUUAGAAAAAAGUCCUACCAACUUAGGCUUGACAGCAAGUCAAAACCACUGCUUAAUUCUUCAUUUUCCAUUAAUAUUUCAUGAGUAUAUUGACAUAUUUCCACAUUUGUGGGAGGGAAUUACAUCGAUGCUAAACAUAAUCAACAUAGUUUUUGCGCCCCAAACCUCAAUAUUAUUAGUAGAAUCAUUAAGAAACAUGAUUGAGAAGCACCUACGUUGCAUAGUAGAACAAUUUCAAAUUAGUCUUUUGCCAAAACAUCAUUUUUUGACCCAUUAUUGUCGUGUUAUACAAAAUAUGGGUCCUCUGAUUAAUAUGUCUACCUGUAGAUAUGAAGCGAAACAUCGUUAUUUUACAAAAUUGAAUGCAAGCUUGAAUAAUUAUAUAAAUAUUUGCAAAACACUAGCUGUCAGACAUCAGCAAUACUUUUUUCAUAACUGGCAUGAUAAAGUGUUUGAUGAAAAACCAAAUUAUGGAACUCUUACACCAUAUCAAAAUCUACCUGAAGAUUUAGUUCACCUUCAGGAUAAAACAGUUAUUGAAACUAAAUUUGUUGAAUUUUCCAACGGUUUUCAUUAUAAAAAAGAUUUUUUUCUUAAAAAAAACUCUACAGAAUUCCUUAGAAUCAAACAUAUUUUUUUAAUUAAUUCUGAAAUAUAUUUUUAUUGCCAAGAAUAUAACUAUAGUAAAUUUGACGAUACGUUUAAUUUGUGUUGUGUUGAAAACAAGACAACAAAUACUCUAACAGCUUAUAAAGAUCUGAUAUACAAAAAGCCUUUUGAAUGCUAUUACUUAAAAGGAAUGACAUUUGUAUUAGUUCCUUAUAUUAUACAAUAAAAUAUCCUUUAACAAUCACUUUUUUUCAUUGAACUAUUUUUUUUUCUAUCGAUUUAGAUGUGCAUCAAAUGA